AUGAGGAGUAUUGCAAGGCAAUUUAUACAGGUUGAGGUCGGUAAUGGAAGUCAUACCUCAUUCUGGCAUGAAGUAUGGUCUCAGAUCGGGUGUCUUAAGGAGGUGGUAGGUGAUCGAGGCAUUAUUGCCCUGGGCAUAGCAAACAACGCUACGAUGGCAGAUGUUAUAUCAAAUCAUCGACGGCGGAGGCACGGACAGAUCAUUCUCAAUGAUAUAGAAGAUGAGAUUGAUAGGCUGCGUGUUGGAGGGUUAGAUGAUAAAGAUGAUGUUAAGCUUUGGAAGUGGGGUGAAGGGAAAUUUGUGAGUAAGUUAUCUUCAAAGAAGACCUGGUGCGAAGUGAGCAUCAAACUUGCGCUUGGAGUCAAGGGAGUUCAAAAGACAUGCCAACAUCUAUUCUUUCAGUGCCCUUACUCGACUGAAGUGUGGGAAUCUCUGGUGAAAGGGCUUCUUAGGGAUGAUUUCACCACUUACUGGGAUGAUAUUGGAGAAAUGGUUUCUGGUAGAAGCUACCCUCCAACAAAAAUGUUUCUUAUCAGAUACUCUCUUCAGGUUGCAGUCCAUAGCAUUUGGAGAGAAAGAAAUGGUAGAAGGCAUGGAGAGGAACCAAAAGCGGCUGCCAUACUGAGUAAGCUUAUCGACAAAACGAUAAGGCUUCUCCUUCUUGAUGUCAAAGCCACUGGUCAUGCAUACUUGGAAAGGAGUUUACGCACUUGGUUUGGAACAAGGCAAGUUCCAAAUCCAACCUAG